UACGUUAGCAGAGACGCACGAAGGGUGUUAUUGAGAGGGGCAAAUCCCGCCUACCGAGAGAAGCAGGUUGCGUCAAAAGGCUCCCCCUCUACAGUUUAACUCCGCCGUACUACCCAUCCCAUCACACCAGCAUGGACAGGAUGGAGGUGGUUCUGGACCAGUGGUUGUGGCCUCAGCAGUACUGGCUUCCUCCUGGUAUCUCCUGGAGGGACAUGGAGGUGGAGGGGGGCGGCCGCCAGCCCAGGCCCAGGGACCUGCUGUACACCCUGCCCCUGGCCCUGGCCUUCAUCGUCCUGCGCCACGCCUUCGACAGGGUGAUAGCUAUGCCCCUGAGCAGGCUGCUGGGUGUGAAGGAUCGCGUGAGGCUUCGACCCCCCCUGGUCCCCAGACUCGAGGCCGUCUACCACCAGAACAAGCAGCUACCCCCCCAGGAGGAGAUGCAGGUCUUGGGGAAGCAGAGUGGUCUGUCCCAGAGGCAGCUGGAGACCUGGUUCAGACGUCGACGCGGGCAGGAUCGACCCAGCAGCACCAGGAAGUUCUGCGAAGCUUCGUGGAGGUUUGCAUUCUACCUGACUGCGUUCGGGGCAGGUCUAGUCUCCCUGGUCCAGACCCCCUGGUUCUGGGACCAUCGUCAGUGCUGGCAGGACUACCCCAAACAGCCUGUGUCCGAGGCCCAUUACUGGUAUUACAUCAUGGAGCUGGGAUUCUAUUGGUCGUUGCUGCUGUGUGUCUCCGUGGAUGUGAAAAGGAAGGACUUUAAGGAGCAGAUCAUCCAUCAUGUGGCGACCAUCUUCCUCAUCAGCUUCUCUUACUGCGCCAACUAUGUACGUGUGGGCACACUGGUGAUGCUGGUGCAUGACUCCUCCGACUUCCUGUUAGAGUCUGCCAAGAUGUUCAACUAUGCGGGCUGGAGGAAGACAUGUGACGUGCUGUUCGUGGUGUUCGCUCUGGUGUUCCUGGUCACCCGGCUGCUGGUGUUUCCUGCCAGGAUCGUCCACACCACCCUGGUGGUGUCUCUGGAGUUCUUUCAGCCCUUCUUCGGGUACUACUUCUUCAACGCUCUGCUCUUAGUGCUGCAGGGUCUGCAUCUGUUCUGGGCCGCGCUCAUCCUGCGCAUGGUCCACAAGUUCCUCUUCCUGGGCAAGGUGGAGAAAGAUGAACGCAGCGACGAGGAGAGCGAGGCUGAGGAGGAGGAAGAGGAGGAGGAGGAGGAAGAGGAGAACUGGGAGCAGAAGAAGGGAACCCUUAAUUCCAAGCUGGUUUCGCUGGCUAACAACUGCGUGUUGAACAACCUGACCAACCAGAGGAACAUAAACAGCAGACUGCCCAAAGCCAGAUAGUACCCUCUCUCUACGUGUCUCUCCCCUCCCUCUCCCUCCAUAUAUAUGUAUAUGGAAAUAUAUGAUUCCUGAGCAUGGAUCAUAGAUCUAGUAAAUGGUCUAUUAUAGGAUUUCACAACCCUUCACUUGCUAUGGAAAUACGGUGGUCUGGUAUAUUGAAUUUUCUUUAUUUUUACUUUUAGAUCAAAUACUAAGUUUUCUUUUCUUUUCAAUGUGUGACGAAGAAGCUGAUUGAAUUGUGUGUAAACUAUAAGCAAGGACAUACUUUGCGCAAACAUUUUUCACCCUUAUGGAAAAUAGGAAGAGUUGACUGCAGAUGUAUAGAAGCUUAGUUAUGUGACAGAUGUUAGGAAUUCCACAAGAUACUAACAGAGAUUUACACCAAAUCACCAGAAUGGAUGAUUUUUAGGAAUGGGUUUGGCGCCCCCUAGUGGAGACAUAGAGAACAUCAUCUGCAUGUUACAGUGAGUGUAGUUCACCUGUUCCCCCUUUCACUGUAUGAAGACAUGGGAUGGCAAGGCCAUGGCAUCACAAAAUAAACAAAUAAAUAAUGAAAAACAUAGCGAGAAUAUCCCGGUGACGAGAGAGAGGGGCUUGUUCUCCACAGGGGGUUUCAACUCAAGCUGACUGAUUUUGCUUUGUGCCUUGCCUGCUAUUUUUACACGUUCCCGCCCCUCUCACCCCCCAGCUCUCCCUGUAGCUGGCUAGAUAGCUGCUAGGUAGAGCUGGGUAGUGCUAGAUAGCUGCUAGGUAGAGCUGGGUAGUGCUAGAUAGCUGCUAGGUAGAGCUGGGUAGUGCUAGAUAGCUGCUAGGUAGAGCUGGGUAGUGCUAGAUAGCUGCUAGGUAGAACUGGGUAGUGCUAGAUAGCUGCUAGGUAGAGCUGGGUAGCUUGUACGUAGAGCUUUCCACACACCUGUUCAGGUAGACAACAGACAUCUGGGUCUGGGUCUGGAACAGCCACAACAGUGAUUACUGACACCAACGACCAGCAAGAAUGUUUAGGAGUCCACUGCCCAAAUCUACACGUCAAAUUAGACUUGGGAUACGAUUCUGUUGAGAUAACUCACGAAAAAAAGUCAUGUGCUUCGCAAGCGAAAAUGUACUGUUACACGUUGUAAAUUGACUGGAGUUUUAGAGAGCCGGAAACGUCGGUUUAAGGACCUGUGUUCCUCUUUACCCUAUUUGUGGGGCAAUCUAGAAUAGAACCGUAACCCUAUCCCAUAAUACAAAGAUGUGAGACUGAAUGACUAUGUUGUUGCUAGGCUUCACUGGUGUGCUUUCCUAGUUUUGUCUUAGUUUGGAGACACAGUGUUGCACGGCGUCCCGAUUCAAACGCACCCAAAGGGCUGAUCCACUGAACAACUCACACAGAUAGUUGUAAUGGGAUAUUUGUUUUAAUCGAAUCAAAUACAUGAUAUCUAAACUGGAGACGCCAUGGUUGUUGUGGCAGUAACAUAUGACUAGUCUUACAUGCUUUGUUAUGUUUUUGUUGAAUCCACAUUCCUAUAGGUUUGUUCACUCGAUGGUCAGUUAAACACUAUCAAUAAAUUACUUUUAUUGAC